GUGCUACGCUCCGGGGCAGCGUCCGCGGGUGCAGGGCGGGCGCGGGGCGGAUCCUGCGCGGUGCGGGGCGGCCCCAGGCAGCACCCAGCGCCUUGCCCGCCCGGCCGGUCGCCGCAGAGCCGGCGCGACCCGCGACAUGGACUGCGGCGUGAUCACCUCCAAGACGGUGCUGGUGCUGCUGAGCAUCGCCUUCUGGGCAGCAGCAGCUGGUCUUAGCUAUGUUGGGGGCUAUGUCAUUAACACCUACAAGAGUUAUGACAACUUCCUGCAAGACAAGUACGCUCUGUUGCCAGCGGUGAUCAUUAUUUGCGUUGCCGUAGUCAUGUUCAUCAUCGGGCUGAUCGGCUGCUGUGCCACCCUCCGGGAGUCACGGGUUGGGCUGGGGCUGUUCUUGGCCAUUAUCCUGGUUAUCUUUAUUGCAGAAGUAUCAGCUUUUGUCCUGGGGUUUGUUUACAGGGAAAAGGUAAAAACUGACGUGCAGGGCACAAUGCGUUCAGUCUUCCAAAAGUAUGAUGGGAAAAAUCCAGAGUCUACUGUUGUGGAUUACUUGCAAGAACAGCUUCACUGCUGUGGGGUAAAGAACUACAGCGACUGGACGACCACGCAGUGGUUUAACUCCACGGGUAACAACAGCGUCCCCCUGAGCUGCUGCAGACAAGGUCUGAGCAACUGCACGGGCAGUCUGGACCAGCCGCAGGAGCUCAACGCACAGGGCUGUGCGGAGGAGCUGGAGUCUGGGCUGCAGAGUGUGCUCAGCUAUGCUAUGCUUGUCAUCCUGGGAUUUGCCAUCGUAAAGUUCUUCGGCAUGCUGAGCAUCUGUGUGCUUACUUGCAAGAGAGAAGACAGCGGAUAUCAGCCCCUUUACUCAGGGGUGUUUGCUUGAUAAAACACAAAGAUCACUUUUCUUUUGCUUCCCAGUGAUAAAAUAGAUUUGUAAAGAUGUAUGUUACAGGACAAUUUAUGACCUUUUGGUUAAAUAUUUUAUUUUAUUUACAUGAAAGAGAAAGAACAUAGUGUAUUGAUUUGGAAAAGUUUCCUGUGGGUGUUAUGUGAAAUGACACUCAAUAUUUAGUGCUGUAUAGUAACUUACCCUGUUCUUACACACUGUAACUUCCUGUGAAGUUAUUUUAGAUUUGCAUUUGUGACUUUCUCUACAUAGCAACAGAUGGUGUAGCAGAGUGCAGGAAGAAAUCUACUUCUGCAGUUCCUUUCUGUACCCUGAAACAUGCAGAGAGAAAUUUUAUUUUUAUCACUAAAUUGACUGAGAAAGUGGGAGGGAUUCAUUGACUGCACAAAUACCAGAUCAUUCUCAUGACAUGGCUAAACAGCAAAAGAAAUUCUUGAAUAGGAGGAUCGAAUAUUCUGUAUAAGCCGAGGGAGUUGGAAUACAUUUCUCCUGUAUCUGGUGCUGUUUCUUUUUUUCCUCCCUGCUAUGGUCAUAUUGUGUCAUUCAGUUUACCGAAGGUUGUUAGUGCAAGACAACCCUUUGGAGCAAUGCUUAAAAACUAAAACAGAAAUUUGCGUUGUCUUUUGAAGCAGCUAGCAAAUGUGAACAACCCCAGGUUGUGAGCAGGCCCAUGUUUUGGGCUCAGGGCAUCUCUGUUUUGGGGUUUUCUUGUUUUGUCUUUUUUUUUUUUUUUUUUUUUUGAAACUAAAAAUUGCAUAUGAAGCGGGGUUUUGAUUUUUUUUUCCAUUAUACUGAUGCUUUUAUAUUUUGCCUGCACAAAGACACACUUUCUUUCUAUUUAAUGUAGAAGUUGCAGGAGUUAUUCAGAUGGAUACAGGCUGCAAGGUGGGAGUUGCAGGAAAUGUUGGGUCGACGUGGUUAUGUAGAAAGGGGACUCUUGGAAGGAUUAGUUCAGAGUUCCCUGUGUCAGUGAAGAUCUGGCUGCUUUUCACUAUUAAAAAUAUUAAGUUGGUACAUUCCUGUACUGAAUAGUUGACCAAGCAACUUCAAUAACCUAGUGUCUGGCAGUGUCUCAUGAUUCUUUAUUUCCUAGUUUCUCCUAAAUCUGCUUAAUGUGGUCAUUUCUUGGAUUGCAUUAUCUCUUUAAAAAUGAUCUUUCUUUAUCACAUUUCUAUGUUAAUCUGUUUCUCAAUUCUUUAAGAGUUUCUGUGUUUUUUGGGGGGGGUUAGGGCUAAGAUGUGGGGAGGGAGAGAGCUUUGAGCUGUUCUUGAUUAGACGAUUGUGGAAAAGAAGCAGCAUAUUUUUUUUUUUAAAGAGAGAAGCUGUCUCUCCUAUAGCAAACACUUACAUAUGUAGCUAUUUAGAAAAAGGAGUUUGGGGUAAGUGUAAGCUAUUUUUCUUUACUUCCUCCCCCACCACCAAGAGAUGGAAGAAGGAAUUGGUGAUGAUGAUGUUCUAUAGGAGACAUACCGGUAUAAGGAUGUAUAUGUUGACAGUGUUUUAGUUUUUAUUGAGGGUUUUAUCUUCUGUUUAAUGCCAAAAUAAACCAAAUUUAUUUAACCAAUUAAUAAA